CAGUCAAAACCGCUCAGAACAGCAACUGCUUAUUACUACAUAAGAACCUUAGCGACUGCAUAUUUUGGCAACCGUACUAAUACCCUAGCAAGUACACAGCAACACAAUAAAAACCCACACAAAACACCCAAGCAACCACAUAGCAUCACAAUAAUUAUCACCUUAGGAACUGCAUAUAAACCACCUAGCAACCAAUACCCUAUCAACCGCAUAGCAACAUUCUCAUCAAGUAUCCAAAUACCUUAGCAACUGUACAGCAUCACUAUAAAUAUCAUUCAGAACACCGUUAUAUCAAUAAAGAACACUUAGCAACUGCAUAUAAACAUUCUGACAUCCGCUGUAAUACCUUAACAACCACACAGCAACGUUCUUGUAACUGCCUAGCAACCACCUAGCAACCAAUACCCUACCAACUGCAUAGCGUUACAAUAAAAACAACUCGUUAUACAUUAGACACAGUCAAAACCGCUCAGAACAGCGACUGCAUAUUUUGGUCACCGUGCUAAUACCCUAGCAAGUACACAGCAUCACAAUAAAACCCCCCACAAAACACCCAAGCAACCACAUAGCAUCACAAUAAAUAUCGCUCAGAACACCUUAGCAACUGCAUGGCAAUUAAUAUCCUACCAACCGCAUAGCAUUACAAUAAAAAUGUUCAGAACGUCUUAGCAACUACAUAGCAACCACUCAGAGCACCUUGAUUCCUAGUGAUGACAAGAAUCACCACUGAAAACCUCCCCAAGAAAUGCACAAAUCUAGCUUCUUUUAUUUGUUUUCGCUGGCUGAUCAACAUAUUGCAAGCCGGCCGCAUCACGUAAUUCGGUCGAUUCAGUUCUGUCUGCGUUCUUUGAUCAGCCUUCAUUCAUGUGAAUGUGCAAAAUGUGCACUCAGGAGGGGCCAGGUUAUCAGGCAGCGCGACCGAGCGUCGCCGUUCUCUUCGGAAAAAGGCCAUGCAUCUCACCAAGACGCGUUUUAGAAGCGCCUCGUGCGCUUUGAGGAGUUUAGAUGCGACGCAGCCGGCAGUAUGCAGUGCUGCCGGGCGAGAAUGGUUUCUCCCAUCACCUGCGCUUCAAGUGGUUUGCCCCACUAUUCAGCCAGCCUACCCUGAAUGAGUCAUCCUGCUCUUCCCUGAUUGGGCGGUCGGGAUCCAUCCCGAGGGAUUGCCGUGCAGAAAGCUGCCGAGGCCUGACUUCAUUCACAGAAACGUCGGUAUGCCCGUCUGCCUUUCCAUUCACAGCCAGCCCGAAUCAUUUUCGCCCAGCAUCCUCUCUUCCUCUCCUCAGCAUCUCUUUUCGGCGUCUCUGUGACAACAGUGAGCGAGGAACACUUUUAACGCUUUGUCUCAGCAGAGAAGACAAUCCCUCACUCUCUCCCUCUCUCCUCUCUCUCUCUCUCUCUCUCUCUCUCUCUCUCUCUUUUUUCUUUUUUUUCAAUUUGCAGGCAGGCAGGAAAGCAAGACGCUGGGAGGGACUGCAGUGCGUUAGCCGCAGCGGUACAGGAAGCUUGUGAAUGACUGCCGCUUCCCUGCCACGAGCUCUUCUGGACAUUUUACAUGAAUGGCUGUUUUUUUGCUGCCUUGAUGUCGCGGGCUUCAUCCCGUCGGCUGUUUUUUAAUGGGGCCGGGAGAUCUGACAUCACUAUUUACGGUCGUAUCCCCGCCGAAUCCGGAUGGCAUUUUAGUGAGCUCGAAUCUCGACGUUGUGUGUUUGAAAGGGAUGUUUAAUUAUUCAACAAAGCUCAUUGAGGCGGCUUGUUUUGCCUUCUGUAGGGGGGGAAAUUCGAGCGCUGGCGUGCAUGGAUUUGUGCCGACGUUUCAUAGUGCAUAAGGAAGAAUGAAUGUGACGAACAAAGAGAUAAAGCCGUAUCGUUCUUGCGGGUUAAAUUCGAGCUCGUUUUAAACUUGCCGUUAACGGUGGCGAUGCAUAAGCAAGGUAGAACCAAACAGAUUUGAUGCAGUUGCGGGCGAAAGGUGAACGCUUUCAAAUAUCUCAUGUCAUUAUCAUUUCUUAGUCAUGCAACACAUCCGAGACUUCUGAAUUCAAGAAAACUGCGAUUGCGUAUGCGGAAAAUGAGCGGCAACUCAAGUUUCAUUCUGUGUGGCGUACAUGUGAUCCAACAGCACUCACGGUACUCUAUGCAUUGAUUGAAGUCAGUGGACUGAUUUUGAUUCUAGUUCAUUCUGACCGAGCUCGGAUUUCACUGGAGUGAUCUGUUUAUCACAUCUUUUCCGUUCUGUUUAACCCGGACCAAAUCAAAGCGAGAGGCGUUCCUACGGACGGGGCAAAUUUUGAGAAUUGAUUGGUUCUACCGAGCUGUAAGUGGGAGUUUUUUGUAACGGAAAGUGCUCUGCAGUGUUGAGUGAGUCUUUUGUUGAGAAGGGUCUCUCUCUCUCUCUCUCUCUCUCUCUCUCUCUCUCUCUCUCUCUCUCUCUCUCUCUCUCUCUCCCCGAGUGAGUCAUGCAUGUUCAGGGAUCUGCCAGGAUGCGGGGGGAGAGAGAGACAUCUCUUCACUAGAGCUCUGUCUCUCUCUCUCUCUCUCUCUCUGCCAUCUCUGGCCCUCUAUCUCUGUAGAGGAGCGACCUCGCGCUGCUUUUCUCUCUCGUCGUCCUCUGUCUCCAUGGAUUCCGCGUUUUGUGGUUUAUUUUUGGUCCCUGAGCUGCCGCUGCUACUGCCGCACGCCGUCGGAUUUUCCUGACGGCCGCUCGCUCCCUUCCUUCGAACCCUCGAGGACGCUUUCUCGGGCUCCAGCAUGCUAAAGAAGUGGACGGUCAGCUGGGAGUUGGAUGUGUCCGUUCACGUGUAGGCUGGCACACCGAGGGGAAUGCUUCACCGUGCUAAAUACAACCGAUUCCGGAAUGAGUCAGUGACGUCCGUCGAUGAGCUUCUGCACGGUCUCUCCAUGAACGCCAAGGUCUCGGCCGUCCCGCCGCCGCCGCCCGUGGGCGACCCUGCGUACGCCCCGCCAGCUGAGGUCUUGCCGCCCGACCCCGCCGAAGAGUCCGGAACCUUGUGCACCCUCAUCAACAAAGUCUCCAACCUCAAAUUUGCCAACUCCUCCGGACUGCUUGGCAUCAAGGGCCUGCCGUCCGCCGUCAAGGACCUGGCCGUGUCCAAGCUCCAGGGAGGAGCGACAGGAGGCGGAUCCGGCAGCCCGAGCUCGUCUGCCCUCCCUGCGGCCUCCGGAGCGCCUCACGCCCCGCCGGAGCCCGGCUCGGCCGGCUCGGGGAAGAAGGGCAGGAUGGAAGACUCUCAACCCGGCGGAGAGGGCUGGGGCCUGGGAGGGACGGGUGCCGCCGGCUGCGGCGGGCUGGUGAAUAAACCUUCUCGUGGAUGGCUGCACUCCAGCGAAAAGAUUUCCGGACCCGGAGUGACGUACGUUGUUAAGUAUCUGGGCUGCAUUGAAGUUCUCCGGUCCAUGAGAUCCCUGGACUUCACCACGCGGUCACAAAUCACGCGGGAAGCGAUCAGUCUGGUGUGUGAAGCUGUCCCUGGUGCCAAAGGAGCUCUGCGCAAGAGAAAGCCUCCGUCGAAACUCCUCUCCAGUAUUCUGGGCAAGAGUAACCUGCAGUUCGCUGGAAUGAGCAUCAACCUGAACAUCUCCACCAGCAGCUUGAACCUGAUGACGCCGGACUCCAAACAGAUAAUCGCCAAUCAUCACAUGCAGUCCAUAUCCUUUGCCUCCGGUGGAGAUCCGGACACGACUGAUUACGUCGCUUAUGUGGCUAAAGAUCCUGUUAACCGGAGAGCGUGUCAUAUUCUGGAGUGCUCUGACGGUCUGGCUCAGGAUGUGAUCAGCACGAUCGGUCAGGCGUUCGACCUGCGCUUUCAGCUCUAUCUGCAGUGUCCGUCCAGCAAACCCUCGUCUAUGCACGACAGGGUUAUGAGUACAGACGAGCCCCCGUGGACGGAGGAAGGAGAGGAGUCCGCCGAUCAUCACUACUACAACAGCAUCCCUGGAAAGAUGCCGCCGCCGGGAGGAUUCAUCGACACUAGACUGACCAAUCAGACGCAAGACAGCAGCCAGGCGGCUGGAGUCGACCAGACGUACUACCAGGGCCGACCCAUGUUCAUCCAACAAGGGUCCUGUGACAUAUACAGUCUCCCUGAGGUCAAAGGUCAAGCCCCUAAGGCGGGAGAAGCGCCCACCUACGUGAACACGCAGCACAUUGACACGCAGGUGUUGGCCGCCCUCCAGGGAGAGUCGGAGACGCUGUCUGAAUCGGGCACGGGCGGGACAGCUAAAGACAGCCCGAGGAAGGACCUCUUUGACAUGAAGCCGUUUGAGGACGCCAUCAUGACCCAGGCCCCUCCGGCCUCCGAGCUGCACAAAGCGGCGUCCGUGGACAACUCCAGUCCCCUGCUGAUGCGCGCGGCCGCCCUGAGAGCUCAGGAGGAGCUGGAGGACCAAACGUGGUACCACGGCGAGAUGAGCCGCCGCCAGGCCGAGAAGCUGCUGCUCCACGACGGAGACUUCCUGGUGCGGAAGAGCACCACUAACCCGGGCUCGUACGUCCUGACGGGGAUGCACAACGGCCUCGCCAAACACCUGCUGCUGGUCGACCCGGAGGGAACGGUCCGAACGAAAGAUCACAUAUUCGAGAGCAUAAGCCACCUGAUUGGCCAUCACCGUGACAACAACCUGCCGAUCGUUUCGGCGGGAAGCGAACUGUGUUUGAAGCAGCCGGUGGAGCGGAAACAGUGACGACUGCCCGAGUCCCGACGGCGCCGCUCUUUCACCGAAACGGACCCGAACGCCCAUUUCUAGAACCCACACUUAUUUUAUUGCGCUGGCUGAGAAUCUCUAUUUUUGAAGACGACGACGACGACGGCGGACUUUCGGACGGUUUCGGAACGAACUCGGCCUCCGAAGGGGGGGGUGCGACGGAAACCAGAUAAAAAGAGUAUUUUAGAAUAAUAAGAAGAAGUUUUAGUUUUGUCUAUCAAGCACAAGCGGAUGUUCGUGUUCGUCGGCGAGGAAACGAAGCGGUUUGGGCCGACCUCCUUUGGGAACGGGUCUGGGGUGCGAGAGAUCGUUCGGGAGCUUCGCUGCUUUUCAGAGGGAGGAUGACGUGAAUGUGUUUGCUUUAACAGAGAUGCUGCACGAACACACACACACACACACACACACACACACAGCUUAAAGUA